CUCCAUUUAGUUGUGGGCUUUGUGGCCGCGAGCAGUACGAGUUUUCAGUUGGCUGAUAGAGGAAAUAAUGCGUGCGGCAAUUUGGAUUUCGUUUGGCCUGCUGCUGGUCGGCUGCUGUCUGGCGCGUCCACAGGAGAGCACCACGGUGGCCACGACAAGCAGCACAAGCAGUCCAAGCAUUGCAAGCAGUACAAGCACCACGAGUACCACUGCCAAGCCCAAGGAGGAUAAGUCGGGCUCCACCACAACGACAACAACGACAACAACGACAACGACAACGACAACGCCGAAGCCCAAAGAGCAGAAAGCUGAGUCGACAACAGCAGCUGCCAGCAGCAGCACCACCACGACUUCCUCCACCACAACCACCCCCAAGCCCCAGAACGAUGACGAGGAGGCGGCCAGGCUGCUGCAGCAGUGCGCCGAGGUCAGUCGUCGCAAGAAGCGCGGCGGCUCCUCCUCCUCCGAGGAGGACAGCGGCGAAAAGACCAAGUCCAAGUCGGCCAAGAAGGAGCGCAAGCAGUUGAAGAAGCUGUGCAAGCAGUUGAGGAAGCAGCAGGAACGCAAGCAGGACAGGGCACAAAAGGGAUCGCUCACCGAGCUGGCCGCGGCGCUGCGCUCCUACAACCAGCGACAGAGUCAAACCCCGAACGAGGGACAGAGCCGCAGGCACAGGAACUAAGAAAUCAAAUAAAAAACUUUAUU